AUGAGCACGGCGCAAGAAACAGCAAGCUGCGGUACCAAGACAUGUGGCAACCUGAUUAUCUCGGAUCCAUUCUGGCUUGUCCAAGAGCAAGAACUGGAGAGGCCAUGUGGUUUAGUAGACUACCAGGUUUACUGCUAUAAAAAUAGCCCGUUCCUGAGGAGCACCAUCCACGAUGGGUUUGGAAUCCAAAAUAUCUUCUACAGGAACCACACCUUCCUCGCUGCUGAUAUUAACAAAAUGGAGGACUUCAACCGCUGCCAAGUUCCGAUCACCAAUACAUCCGUCAAAAUCGGCUUUCUGCCAUUCAAUAUCAGCCAUGCCAACCGAGAUCUGCUCUUCUUCUAUGAUUGCAUCGGUAACCCGGUGGUGCCGCAGCUGCGACAUGGACUUGUGCCCAUGCAUUGUGGCAACAACUCAUUUGUUCAUCUCGGCCGAGGGCCCUACAUUGCUUCUCAUGACUAUGCAGAGUACUUCAUAGAGGGUUGCAAGACCACCCUUGUGCCAGUACUGGGAGCAUCAGCAAAGACGGCGGACGCAGGUGAUUACGAACAAUUAAUCAGGGAUGGUUUUCUGUUAUCAUGGCCAGUGGUACCUGAUCAGUUUCCAAGACAAGCUUAUGGUAGGCACAACAUCAAGUUAAUUUUGAUAGUUUCUCUAUCUGCUACAGUCAGCUUGCUAACAUUUCUAGUUUGGGGGGUGCAUCGACAGAAGCAAAAGAUUAGUCUUUUCAUCCUCCGAAAGCAGACUGGUAAUAAAUCAAGCAUGGAAGAAAUGCUAAGGAGGUAUGGAUCUUUGGCUCCGAAAAGGUACAAGUACUCAGAGCUGAAACAAAUGACUAGCUCUUUCAAGGAUAAACUUGGAGAAGGUGGAUAUGGCACGGUAUUUAGGGGCAGCCUACAGGAUGGCUGUGUGGUUGCUGUGAAGCUCCUAAAAGUUUCCAAAGGCAAUGGAGAGGAGUUCCUAAAUGAGGCAAUUAGCAUUGGUAGGACAUCACAUAUUAACAUUGUCGGUCUGCUCGGUUUUUGCUUAGAAGGAGCUAAGCGAGCCCUUGUUUAUGAGUAUAUGGCUAAUGGUUCACUGGAAAAGUACAUUUACAUAGAGAAUUCGGAUUUAGUUAUUGGAUGGGACAAGUUACAGCAAAUAGCACUUGGCAUCGCACGUGGAUUGGAAUAUUUGCAUCAAGGAUGUAGUACUCGCAUCAUCCAUUUUGACAUCAAGCCUCAGAAUAUACUUCUAGAUCAAGAUUUUUGUUCCAAAAUUGCAGAUUUCGGUUUAGCGAAACUGUGUCACCUCAAGGAUAGCAUCCUCUCAGUCGCCGAAGCAAGAGGUACCAUUGGAUUCAUUGCUCCAGAAGUAUUCUCUAGAGGUUUUGGUGUCGUUUCGACAAAGUCAGAUGUUUAUAGCUAUGGAAUGAUGCUGCUGGAAAUGGUAGGGGGGCGAAUAAACGGAGAAAAAGUUAAUAUAGAGAGCUCAAGCGAUACCUAUUUCCCAAACUGGAUUUAUGACAAUAUAGCAGUACAUGUACAAAGUUGUGAAGUCAUCUGCGACCUUGAAGAGACCAUGAGAAAGAUGGCGUUAGUUGGGCUGUGGUGCAUACAAACGAACCCCGGAAACCGUCCUACGAUGAGCAAGGUGAUUGAUAUGUUGGAAAAGAGCAUCAACGAAUUAGAGAUGCCACCGAAGCCGUUCCUUUCCUGUCCCUCAAUCCCGUCACAUUAGUCGUCUCACACAGGUUAUGAUUUCAUAAGAUUUUCUGCAUCCCCUGCCCUGCUACCAUAUCCCAAAAGUAGGAUGAAGUGGAUAAAUGUAAAUUCGAAUUAA